AUGGCAGGAAGCUCGACGGAUAAGUUUAGGGUAGAUGGCGGGAAGUGCUUUGGGAGAGGAUGGAAUCUUGAUUUCCCUAGAAGGCUGAUUGCGACAAGACGAUUCGGUGGCCGAGUUGGUCUGACUCAGGAAGCUCCCUCCAGAGCAAAGCAAGCUAAAGGGUGGGUUUCUUAUAUACUCUUAUGUGCGUUCCUUCUUCGAACCUUUUGGUAUGUAUUGCCCCCUAACUAUAGAUCAGAUCCACCGGACGAGAAACUCAAUUCCGCACUGCUGCUGAGUCGUCGGACUUAUCCACCAAGGGAUUCGUGGAAUUUCUCGUCCCCUUUUGGGUAUGCAGAUACUAAGAGUCCUCUCACUACCAACCAGUAGACAUCAUCUGGCUGGGUCUUGCCGGGGGGAUCGGAGCAAGAGGGAACGCCUAGACGGCGUUUUUAUUCCUGGGCUGCAGUAAGUAGAUCGAGAGGUCGUUCCGCCCCUUGUCCCCGAAGAUGGGUAAUAUGUUCUCAAAAAAUGUUGCUCCAAUCUGACCUAGCUGGCGAGCGAUCCCAGUUCGCGGCAGAGAACAAGACAGCAAGCGAGCGUACCUUUGUUCGCUUCUUCUCCACCAAGCACGGAAGUUUAAGGAUAACUGUAGGUCGGUGGCUACCUAAGGAAACUCCGAUUCGAUCCGCCCCCCGGCUGGGAGGCAUUUACCUCAUCCCGAUCACAAGGAGAGGUUCACCAUGAUGGGGGGUACUUCUUUUUUUUUUCCCUUCCGGAAAGAAUGAAAUGCAUAGGGGACCAUCCUUUUGUUGCGGCAUGCUCUUCAGAUUUACGGAUUCGCAGGGGGCCUCAGGCCCUACUUAGUUGACUGACAAUGACAAAGGCUUGCGAAACUAAGUAGGGCCUUUUGAAUUGAAUCUUAAGUAGUCUAUCAGUGGUGCGAAGCGGCUUUGCCCCUUUUCAGUAGGG